UUUAUGAAACCUCCUUCACGUAGCAAGUGCGCAUGGCAGCGGUUAUAGAUUAUUCUACGUCAAAAACAGGCCUCCCAAUUCGUGGUUCGUUGCAAGCUGCACCUCACUAAUUUUUACAAGCUUUUGUCUUCCGGAAAUAGCACACCCUUUCCAGUCCCAUUGUAGGGACUGUUUUCCGUUUCCCAGAUAUUUAGAUAGCAAAUCCUCACCGUUUCGUUCUAAUGCUCCUGUACAUUGUUCCUAAAAUCUAUCUUCCUUCAACAAAGUAGUCAUCGGCCCUCGGUGUUCGCUGGUUGUUAAUGGUUUCUAGGAAGCAUUAACAGUAGCCAGACGUUUGCCACGACGAGUUAGUGCUCGUUAUGAAACUGUACGGUUAUUUGUUGAAGCAGGAAAUUUUUCAAAUCAUUUACGUCCAGGAUGUCUUUUCGCAGUAUGAGGAUUUUUUGGCAGCCGUCACAAAAGCGUUCGAUCCGAAGGUACUGUUUCUUACCGUCAUUCCGGUCGUAGCCGGUCUCAGUACGAAGUUGUACUCGAAAUUGUUACUCAGUGUGCUACUGACGGAGUAUGCCAACACAAUCGUCAAGUGGAUACUCGCCGAGGAUCGCCCAUUCUGGUGGAUAAACGAAACGAAAGAGUUCUCCUCACUGAACCGUCCAAAAAUUUAUCAAAAUGAGCUAACCUGUGAGCCAAGCCCGGGUAAUCCGUCCGGUCAUCUGAUGACCUCCACGACCUACCUGUUUGUGAUAUUCUCGGUGCUAGAGGAAUACUUAGCGACAUAUGGAAGAACCGCAAGAGUUUCGCUCCGAAUCGUGUACUACAGCACGCUGUUCUUCAUAUCGAUCUCUCGGAUGUAUUUCGGAUGUCACUUCUUACAUCAGUGCAUCUUCGGAAUUCUGCUGGGAAUCGUGAUGAGCAAAGUGUGCCUCUCGCAUCGUCUGGAAAAGUACAUUGCAAAGCAAUCGGGCAAGCGAAGAGUUGGAUUCGUCGUGUUCAUAUGCUUGGUUAUGCUGGCGUUGUACUGGAUUCAGAAGCUGCUGGGCAUCGAUCCACAGUGGGCAGUGAAGAUGGCCUUCAAAUGGUGUGAAGACCCGUUCUACCUGAAGCCCACAACCACGCUAGUGUUUAGCGCUAUUCGCCUUACAGGGUCCCUGCUGGCAUUGGCCGUAGUAGGACCUAUUCAAAGAGCUAAACCACUCAACGUGAAGCUCAGCAUUCCGAUGGUGAUGGCAAUGAUGGCGUUCGAAUGGAUCGCGCUGGACUUCACGCCACGUAACUACGGUGUGGUUGUUUACUUUUUAUCCAGCUUCCUGCUCUACUUCCUAUUCACGUAUGCCUAUCUGCGCUGGGUACCUGCUUUAGCGGGACUAGACAACCGCCUGUCUCGCAGUGAUAGAACCUCCAAGUCUAAAUCUAACUAAGCAACUAGCACAAACAACCAGCAAACUAAUUCAACUUUUACUAGAGAGUCUCGUUUUUUCGAAAGAGUCUUGGAUCGCCUGGAACGCUCAAUAGCUAGAAGAAACGCUUUUCUACAAUGCUGUACAAGUUUUAGGUUUUCAUGCAUCACAUAUCGACUAGGGGACUAACGCUGGCGAGCAAACACUGGCACGCACAAACCAGCAAAACAACUAAUAAUUCUACCAAAUGCCUCGCACACAACUCUCACCGCGCCAUACAACGACUGCUGAAAGCGUUCACUAACUAUACUCUCUAAUCUUCUCAAGAUGCAUUAGAUGAUUGUUUUUUUCAUGGCAUUUUCCAUAAAAAUAUUCAAGUAAUUGCUUGUUAAAAUUGUA